AUGGCAACACCAGCGAUACGGCAAGAGGAGGUGAGCGAUGAGGCGCAGGAGAAGUUGUUGGUCACUCCUGUCGUCCAGGAUGAAGGUCUACUAUCUGUCAAGUCUUCAAAGAAAGUGAAACUACCCGAGGAUGAAGAGGGAAAAGUUGGACGUUUUACGAUCGGGCCGGCUCCUGAACGAGAUUGGGAGAUGGUGCCACCGGACGGCAGAUGGGGCUGGUGCGUGCUAGUAGGUGCGACGCUGGUGAAUAUCCUGAUCCCGGGCACAAUCAAGUCAUUCGGAGUGCUUCAACUUGAGUUCAAAGAAUUAUUCCAGUCGAGUGCCUCUGCAUCAUCAGGGAUAGUAGCUUUAUGCUACUUCUUGUACAGUAGUCUGGGUCCACUAUCGUCAAUUCUAUCUGUAAGAUGGUCGUAUCGGACAGUUACUUUAAUUGGAGGCAGUUUUGCAGCCUUCGGAAUGAUUUUCAGCAGUAUGGCGUAUUCAAUAGGUUAUUUGUAUAUUAGUUUUGGCCUCAUGGUGGGUACAGGAGCCGGGCUGGCCUUCCCCCCCACAGUAUACAUCGUGACGUCAUAUUUCGUUCGUCUCCGGGGAUUAGCAAACGGGAUUUGCAUGUCUGGUUCUGCGUUUGGCAGUAUCAUAAUACCACCAGUAUUGAGAUACUUAUUGGAGACGUAUGGUUAUACGGGUGCAGUGCUGAUCCUCGGUGGUAUUACGCUUAAUGUGUGGGCUGCUGCGUUACUCUUUCAACCGGUGGAAGAGCAUAUGGUGAAGAAAUUCAAGGAACCCGAGGAGGAUGAAGAAGGGCCGCAGGACGACAUAUUGUUCGAAGAAGAGGAACCAAUUGAGACGUUCAAUCUACGUACAGAAAAACAAAAUGGCGAACCUAGCAAGGAGACCUCUGAGAGGACCCUUUCACAAGUUCAAAUACACUCGCCACGCACAAAUUCCACACAAAACCUUCGUAAUAACGCUUCCAAACGGAAGCUUUCGUACACCCGUCCCAUCCCAAAACCCACUAGUACAGCUUCCAUGGCCCUCGAUGGCGUACCCGAUAGCAGAAAACUCGGCUCCACUGAAACGUUCAGCAGACGGCUCAGUACUACCAAAAGGAACAUGUCCACCACCAGUUUCGCGUAUGUCUCCACACCGUUCCACGGUUCUACUCUAUCAGCCUUCGAUCAGCCCAACGAAUUCGCCUCCCAAUUUUCCCUAAAGUCCAUAACGGACAGCGUGGCAGAUGUCGCAUACUGCUGCUUCUGUUGCAAGCGGAAGAAACGGAAGGAGCCAAAUAAAUUUUUUGACGUUUCCCUUUUGAGCGAUCCGACGUAUUUAGUUAUUUUGAUUUCCAGCAGCACAGUCGCCAUUUCCGUUACGAAUUUUAUUAUCCUCCUACCGUCAUACGCGCAAAACAUCGGGUUCGAUAAGUCGCAGGGCGCGUUAUUACUCAGUACUGUGUCGGCGCUCGACUUGGUCGGACGUAUCGGCGGCUCCGCGUUGUGCGACCUGAAUAUUGUACCGAAAACCGUGUAUUUUGUCGGCGGUCUAUUCUUUUCCGGUAUUAUAUUAGCCAUUAUACCGUUUUUGCAUUCCUAUACAACGCUGAGUAUUUUCUGCGCGCUGUUCGGUUUAACUUCGGGUGUAAAUAACGGUGUUACAACUUUAGUAAUGGCCGAAAUUUUGGGAGUUGAUCGGUUAAUGUCGACUUACGGUAUUAGUUUAUUUGUCAACGGUCUGUUGCAGUUGAUAGGACCGCCAGUCUGUGGUCUAUGGUUCGAGCACGAUAGAAACUUUGUCAAUAUGUUUGUUACUUUUGGGUUUAUUUUCAUAGCGGGGUCGUCUCUAUGGUUGUUUAUGCCCAUAAUUAAUAGACGUAAAAAGAAGAUGGAGGGCCAACAUGUGUAG